UCGUUAUUUUUCGCGUUUUGACGUAUCAGAUAUCGCGAAAUGUUAAAAUAUUUUUUCUCAUCUGAAUUUUUUAACUUCACUGUUUAAAUUUGGCACGAAAAAGGCGACCAAGUGAGCACCGCAAUUGGAAAAACAACCGGCAAUGUCGGUGGUAAUCGAAACGACAAUUGGAGAUAUAACGGUGGACUUGUUUCUCACGGAGCGUCCCCGUGCCGCGUUGAAUUUUCUCAAGCUGUGCAAACUAAAGUACUACAACUUUAACUUAUUUCACACAAUUCAGCAUGGAUUUAUUGCACAAACCGGUGACCCAGGCGGCUCUGGAGAUGGCGGAUCAUCGAUAUGGGGAGUUUUGGAGGGCAAGCACAAACGUUAUUUUGAAGGAGAAGCUGUUCCCAAGAUCAAACACAUCGAGCCUGGAUUACUCUCAAUGGUGUGUGCUGGAGAAGGACUUGUCGGAUCCCAAUUUUUCUUCACCUUAGGGCCGGAUCUAGCCUCACUAGACAGUGGCGGCCAUGUCGUAAUCGGAGAAGUGACGGAAGGACACGAGGUGCUAAGAAAACUGAACGAAGUAAUUUGUGACGAGAAAAACAGACCAUAUCAAGAUGUGCGUAUUACCCACACUGUGGUUCUGGAAGAUCCGUUUGACGACCCAAGAGGAUUCAGAGAGCCGAGUCGAUCCCCAUCACCAUCGGCAGAACGUUUAGCUGGUGGCCGCAUCGCUGCUGAUGAGGAGAUAGAUGACACCGACGGUAAGACGGCAGAGGAGGUAGCGGAAAUGUUAGCUGAAAAAGAAGCAAAAGCUCGAGCUACUAUUUUGGAAAUUGUCGGAGAUAUUCCAGAUGCAGAUAUUGCUCCUCCGGAAAAUGUUCUAUUUGUUUGCAAAUUGAAUCCAGUGACGACAGAUGACGAUUUGCAGAUUAUAUUUAGCCGCUUCGGUAAAAUCAAGGGUUGUGAAGUGAUUCGCGACAAAGUUAGCGGAGACUCGCUGCAGUAUGCUUUUAUUGAAUUUGAAGAUAAAAAAUCUUGCGAAGAUGCAUAUUUUAAAAUGGAUAAUGUUCUGAUUGACGAUCGCAGAAUCCAUGUUGACUUUUCACAGUCCGUUUCGAAAGUACGCUGGAAGGGGAAAGGCAAGGGAAUUGAGUAUUUUGAUGGAACUGACAGCAAGUCAUUCAAAGAUAUACAGUCCAGUAGACAAGAUCGCAAGAGAGCACCAAGUCGACUGCGCAAAUCGGUUAGUUCGGGUUCUUCGAGUAAAUCUCGAUCUCCUAGUCCUAAACGUCGCCCACGUAGUCCACGAGGAUUGAAGGGAGGAGGAGGUGGUCGUAGAGUACGUUCUCCUUGGCGUAGAUCUGGAGGAGGCGGAGGUGGCGGUGAAAGACGUCGAAGAGAUAAUCGAGUUAGACUUUCAGAGAGCAACUCUGCGUAUCACGAAGAAAGGAACGGUCGAGAUAUUCGUGUUGUUCAAGGUAUGGUAGAUUAUAAAAAUCGUCCAUAUCCGACAUCAUUUAUUAAAAGAAACGCAUCGAAGCCUGAAGAAGGCACGAGUCGCCCCCUCCCGCAGCGAGGCCGUCGGUCGCGUUCUCCAGUUCGUAACCGACAACAGCGCAGGUCAAAAUCAAAUGAACGACGUCGCUUGUCACGUUCGAGGUCACGAAGCUCCAGUUAUCGUCGUAAAUCGUCUUCAGAGCAUGGUCGCCGGGGUCGUGAUCAGGACCGUCGUCGUAUGUCACGUAGCCCUGUUCAAAGCCGCAUCCGACGGCGAGCUUCCGCCAGUCGUUCGCCAGAACGUAAGACAGUUCGAAGUCAUCGCCGCUCAGUUUCUCCCGAUCAACGAGACAGAGUCGACCGCAACCGAAAUCGUCGAGAUAUUAGUCCUGCUCCACGUCGUCUCCCGUCACCAAAAUCUAAGGGAAAACCUAAGCUCGCGGAAAGGGAUGAACGCAAAAAAUCCAAGAAAAAACGCCAUGCUUCCGCCUCUGACCGUUCAACUUCUGAGGUUUCCUCAGACGACCAUUCAAAAUCGAAAAAGAAAAAGAAAACCAGCAAGAAAAAGUCAAAAAAGAGCGAUAAGAGAUAUUCAAGCAGUGCCAGUAGUGAUUCUGGGUCCGAUUCCAGCGAUGGCGGAAAACGUAAAAAGAGAAAGAACAAAAGCAAGAAGAAUAAAAACUUUAACUGAGAAUGUUGUUGAAUAUCACUCACUUUGAGAGCAUGAAAAUAUACGAGUCUACGUCGAUAAACCGUGCUGGAGAGUUCGAAGCUGAAAGGCUUUAGUCCGUUUUUAUCCCUGCUAGCAAUACACAUUUGACUUGAAACACGCCUCGGAAUCAACUAGGAUCGACACGUGGUCCCUAUGGGUGCGUUUGACAAGCGACGCGUUCGAGUUUUACGGGUCCAUCCGAGUUUGGCUAUCGUGCACUGACUGGUCAUAAGGUGGUAGCGAUUUCGCAUUUAUCGAGGGUUUCGGUGAUGGUCGACGCGUUCGAGGUGGUCACAGUGAACUUGUUUGGUCUGUCUUGAGCAUUACUCCCAUCUUAUCUAGGCGGUAACACGUAAGUAUAGCAAUAUGACAUUUCUAUCUCAAUAAAUCUCUGCUUACGGAUAUCCCACAUUUUAUUUUACUGAGUUCUUUAGGUUUGGUCUUGGAAUGUCAAUCAAAUGCCGUUAUCAUACACUCUAUAUACAUUUGCUUUCAGUUGCAGCGAAUGAUUCUCAUUUAAUGAAGACGCAUUGUUUUAAUUAUGCGAAAUUGGAUUUUAUUACAUUCUCUUUUAACGCAUGACUAUGCAGAUUAAAUAAUAAAAA